CAGUGAUUUGACGUCAUUAUCCAUAGACGUAGCCAUUUUGGAAAGCUAGCCUGUGGCUGUGUUGUUUUCCCACGAAAAGCAGAAUCAUUUAACUAUUAUUUGUUCAAAGAUAAGUCACUGUGUUAAAAUAUUUGACAUUCUAUCAUGAGUUCCUUGACGCAAAGAGGUAGCACUCUAGUUCAAAGGCAUCAAGCUACUUCAGCGAAAGGAGCUGAAGGGGGAAAAGCAAGUAAUGAAGCGGACGAAGACACGUAUCAUCACGAAGAAGAGGAUGAUGGCGAGUCAAAGGAAACGAGACUAACGCUGAUGGAAGAAGUUUUAUUAUUGGGUCUAAAAGAUAGAGAGGGUUACACAUCAUUCUGGAAUGACUGUAUAUCAUCAGGUUUAAGGGGGUGUAUGCUAAUAGAACUGGGGUUGCGAGGGAGAGUAGAACUAGAAAAGACUGGUAUGAGGAGGCGCAGCCUACUCAAUAGGAAAGUUAUACUGCUCAAUGAUGCUCCAACCGGUGAUGUCCUACUAGACGAGGCACUCAAACUUAUAAAAGAAACAGAUCAACCAGAGACAGUGCCCACCUGGAUUGAACUCCUUAGUGGGGAAACAUGGAAUCCAAUGAAACUCCGAUACCAGCUGCGAAAUGUCAGAGAACGACUGGCCAAGAAUCUGGUGGACAAAGGUGUGCUGACCACAGAGAAACAAAACUUUGUUCUCUUUGACAUGACCACGCAUCCUGUAACAGACACUACAAUCAAGCAGCGCAUCAUCAAGAAAGUCCAGGAGUCAGUGUUGAACCGGUGGCCUAACGACCCUGCCAGGUUCGAGAGACGAAUGCUUUCCUUACUAUACCUUGCUCAUUCUUCAGACGUCCUGGAAAAUGCUUUUGCUCCAUUAUCAGAUGAGGAUUAUGAGGUGGCCACAGGGAGAGUGAGGACCUUGCUGGACUCCGACCCAGAGGUACAAAGUCAGAAGCCAGGAUGUAACGACCUAAUGUGGGCUGUCAUAGCAGCUUUCAUUAAGUGAUCAGGUGCCUUCCUCUAUUCACACCAUGAACUAACUUGUAUUAGCUGAAGUGACAGACAGACCCACUACUUUCUUCAACUCCAUUCAGCGAGCAUGGAUGACUUCAUUCAAUGACUACAGUCCAAAUGCCUUCCUUUGUAGUUUGUGCUCACUGUACACUGAGCUGGAGUGAGUGACAGACUCCUUCUUCAUUCACCGCUACACAGAUGAAGCAGACAUGGACACCAGCUAAAUGAAUAUGAUGUUUUUGAAGAAAACAUAAGAUUUGUGACCCAGUUAUCAUUCUUCUUGAGUGGAUGCAGUCCAGGAGAACAUCCGAUUUGGUCAUGUUCUUUACCAAGUGGUCUAGAGAGAUACGUGCUAGAGAGAUGACCAAACAGCUCUAAAUAUUUAGCAGCCACAUGUCCUCUUCGGAUUCAAGCAUUGUCUCAAAGCAAGGUCGGAUACAUGUGCUUAGGCUUUAUGAAAAAUGUUGUGUUUCAGACUUCCUUACCAAACAUCUGUGUUUUUAGGUUCCUUUAUUGUUAUUAUUUGGUAUAAACUAAACAUUCUAAUGACAGAAGUGUAUUUUAGGUAUUGGCAAUUAAAUGCACGCGAAUCCUAUAGGCUUCCAAUUACUGAAAAAAAGGGGAGAGCGAAAGAGUAACCUCAACUGCAGAUGUGAAUGACUUGUUACAACUCAUUUACAAAUAAAAUCAAAAGAAAUUGAAUCGCAUUGGUUUAUUAAUAACAUUUCAUUGCGGCCAUAGGCAGACCAACUUGCGAAAUUCAUUUAUAGGGUAAAAUAUUUACAUGUUCUAUCAUGAUAGUCAUAAAAAUAGGUUUCAGUUUUUUUGAUGUACUAAACUUCAGAAUAAUGAAUCUUAAAUCAAUCUACCAAAUGUUCAGAAUAAAAACGAUUAUUUCAUUAUUGACGUAUGGAAUAUCGGGAUAUGAGAAAUCUGUUUCUCCAAAAUUAUGAACUUUGGAAAAUGACAAUCGCCUCAUGUUUUUUAAGCCUCUAUCUCGUGGCAUUGAGCAAUUUUUGACAUGUACAGAUAUCUUUAACUUAUAUUAAUCUUUUUUGUUUUUACUUCCAUUGUGUGCCCAAAAUUUAGUUUAAUACCCAGCACACAGAAAAUAUAUAAUUUUACUAUAAUUUUAUUUUGAAGUAGUAGACCAUUCCCUGUGAGAAGCGAAAGCCAAUGAAUCAUUAUGAUGUGGUAGCGACUGAGCAGAGCUUCAAAGUGUAUCAAUCACCUG